AUGGGCGUCGACAAAUAUACCCUCGGGGUGGCCCUUUUCGCCAGUUUGGGCACCUUUCUGUAUGGAUAUGAUACCGGCAUUGUCACCACAACUAUUGCGCACAAAAGCUGGGUUGAAUACAUGCACAAUCCCAAUCCCGCCCUCGUCGGUGCUGUCGGUGCAAUCUAUAUUGGAGGUGAGGCCGUGGGUGCGCUCAUUCAGAUUGCCCUCGCGGACAGACUCGGUCGGCUUCGUUUCAUGGAGCUCCUUUGUGUGAUUGUCACAAUUGGGUGCACUCUGCAGACGGCUGCAGUUAAUCUCGGCAUGCUGCUGGCCGGAAGAAUUCUCACGGGAAUUGCUGUUGGCGACCCGCGACACCGAGGAUUCAUCGGCGGCCUCUCAGGCGUUAAUUUGUCGUGUGGUAUCAUGGUGGCCAACUGGGUCGGCUUUGCCUGCAACUAUGCUCCCUUCGGUCAGGUCCAAUGGCGUCUUCCACUGGCACUGCAGCUUCCAUGGGGCAUCAUCAUGUUUAUUGGUUUGGUUACCUUCAUGCCAAACUCGCCACGUCAUCUUCUACAAAAGGGUCAAGUCGAAGAAGCACGCAAAGCCUUCAUCAGAUUCCGCCACGACCUACAGUCACAGGAGGUGCAACAAGAGUUUGCCCUAAUGAAAACCCAGAUCGCCUUUGAGCAGGAGCAACGCAGCCCGUCCUUGAUGUCCGCCUUCAAGCGGUACCGACAUCGCGUUCUCGUAUCUAUUUCAGUACAGAUCCUGACCGCCAUUACUGGCGUCAAUGUGAUCCAGUAUUACCAAACGACGCUUUAUAAGUCUCUUGGUAUCGAGAGCAAGACUGUCCUGGCGCUGACAGCUGUCUGGGGAACAUGCGCAUUUCUGUUCAGCGCCAUUUCUAUCCCCUUCCUUCCCGAUCGUCUGGGCAGGCGGAAGAUGCUGCUGAUUGGUGUCGUCUGGGUCGUCGUGACCGAGAUAUAUGCCGCUGUCAUGCAACGCGAAUUCCAACACACUAACAAUCGUGUCGGCAAGGGGUUUGCGAUCCUUGGCAUCUACAUUUUUACCGUUGGUUAUUACAGCUUGAUCAACCCUGUAACCUGGCUCUAUGGUGCUGAAGUUCUCCCGGUGGCCCUCCGAAACAAAUUCAUGGGUCUUGCCGCUUUUGCGCAUUAUGCUGUCAAUGUUGGCAUCACCGAAGCUGGUCCGAGUGCCUUCAAGAACAUCGGGGAGAACUACUACUACGUUUUCGUGGGCUGCUGUACUGUCUACCUUUUCAUCAUCUACUUUUUCUAUCCGGAAACCAAGCAGCAAUCUCUCGAAGAGAUUGCGGCAGCAUUUGGAGAUGAGGUCGUUGAAGUGGCUGUCCAUGAGAAUGUUCUGACCAAAGAUUUGGCGUUCGAUAACAAAGCUGAGAUCACGCACGCCGAGGAUACAAUUUGA